GACGAAAAAUAGUGGAAAAUGCAUUACUGUUAAAAGUUCACAAUACUCUGUCAACAUUGUCGAUUACUUUUGUUUUUAAAACAAUGUUAGCAGUAGUAUAAUGACUUUAUUUGCUUGUUUUCCGCCCAUUGUGAUCUCAGACACGAGCUCUUGGACUGGGCUCAAGCAUUGAAGUGAUACAGUUUUGACACAGAUACUGAAGGUGACGAGGAUAUUCACCUAUGUAAAAAGUGUAAACUUGUGUUCACAAAUCUAAGUGACUACCUCCAGCACAAAGUAAAACAUGACAACUACAAAGUCAAGCUCUCCCGCACUAGCGACAGACGCAUGCUGUUUCCUCAACUCAUCCAAAAACCAGAGAAGAGUGAAAAAGGGAGUGAGAAAGAAAACAUACAACGAAGGAGAAGAGGAAAGAAGAAAACAAAAGAACUUGUUAAUCCUGACUUAGUUAUUACUGAGAGGCAAUCUUAUUGGUGCCCUAAGUGCAACAUAAAAUUCAACAGGGAAGCAACAUUAAAGAGACAUGUGGAGUACGUCCAUGAUCAGUCGGGGGAAUACACUACAGCUAUGGGGGACGGGUCUGACAAUGAGGUGGGUAAGGCCGAGGAGGAGGAGGAGGACCACACCCCUGAGGAAUCUGACCCCACCGACACAGACUUCAACAUUCAGGAGGAGCUCUGCGUAACAACCAAAAGCAGCACGAAGGAGGUCCAGGUGGAGCAUAUUCCUGUUCCGCUGGAGGACAAGGGAGAUAGGCCUUAUUCCUGCAACCUGUGUGGAAACAGGUUCAAGGAGGCACCUGUUCUAAGAGCUCACUUACUAACUCAUUCAUCAAGUAGGGAUUUUCCAUGUUCCAUUGAGGGAUGCACUUAUGCUUUCAAAACCAAAGGUUCUCUUAAAAGACAUAUGAGGAGACACACAGGUGAGCGCCCAUUCAAGUGUGAAGAAUGUGGAAGGACUUUUACAGAAUCUGGGGCUUUAACUCGUCAUCUUAAAUCAAGAGUAUCCUGUAAGAACAAAUCAGAUCUUGAUUUGCCAAGAUAUGGAAAAAGAUGGUCGGCAAAUGCUAUGUACGAACCUCAGGCCAAAGUGGAGACCAAACUUCUUGCUGAAGGCGAGGACCACACCCAGGAGGAGGCAGUUAAAGACAUGGAGACAGAGUGUGCAAUCGCUGAGGUUAUAGCCUCCAAUGAGGAUGAGGAUGUAGGGGGCGCUACAGUAGAGGAAAUCAACAUGGAUGUUGUAACCUUGUCAACAGACAACAUUCUAGAAGAGGAGAUGAUUAACCCCACUCAGUGCAAAGUUUGUAAAGAAGACUUCCUGUCCUGCGACAUCCUCAAGAUACACCUGAGGGCACACUUGGCGGACAUUCCUUUCAGGUGUGGCAUGUGUCAUUUUGUGGCUGAGAGUCGCAGUCAGCUCAGCAAUCACAUGACGUCCCUGCACCAGAACCAACUCAAGGGCUCUGAACUCAUCAAUCAAAUUCCAGAGGGCAAAUCUAUCUCAGACAGCAAUCAAGAUCAAAACAGGAUUGCUCGAAUUGCUGUUAAUCAGUUAUUGGAGCUUCCCUCAAGCCUGGAGAUGGAGGAACCAGAGCCAUCAAUACACCGGGCCAGAAAUAUCUACAAGUGUCCUGUGUGUGCCAAAACUGUCAAAAGUCAGAACUACCUCAGACUGCACAUGAAAUCCCACACAGGUGACAGACCUCACAAGUGUAUGCACUGUCACAAAAGCUUCAUCACCAAGGAUACUCUUACAAAACAUCUCAGUGUUCACAAUGAGACCAGGAACUUUAAGUGUGGUCAGUGCGGGAAACUGUUCAAAAGAAUCUCUCAUGUCAGGGAACAUCUCAAAAUCCACACCAUGGACCGACCAUUCAACUGCACAGUGUGUCGCAAAACUUUCAAAACAAAUAAUGCCAUGAAGGUUCACUUGCGAACUCACACCAGCAUCUUGCCUUAUGUUUGUCCAUUUUGUCGCAGAAGAUUCCGAGAGAAAGGGUCACUGCUCCGUCAUCAGAGAAUGCACACAGGGGAGCGGCCAUUCAAAUGUCAUCACUGUAAUCGGGCGUUUGCUGAACAUGGAACUCUGAAUCGGCAUCUAAAGGCUAAAGUGCCUUGUACUCGUCAGCUGCAGGAAGAGCGAGAGAAAGAGAAGAAAGAGUUCACUGUGCUGGCUGAAUUCUCCUCUGUAGUUGCCGACACUCAGCAAUACAUAGUGGACGAAGAGCACACUCAGGGACAGUCACAGGAAGAGGAAGCCACCGAGUAUGUGGUGGUACAGACCGGGCUUAGUGCCGAGGAUCUACAGAAUGUGGAGAUCAUCACUGAGGGAGAGGUGGAUCAAAACUUUCUGGAGGGUGUGCAGGUUACUGAUGACUACGUGGUGAUCACUGACUCCGGCGACAACAUGAAGAUCCUUAACUCAAAGACGGGAGAAACGCUGGCUAUGAUGCCUUUAUCCACCAUCAACGACGGGGGCCAGAUUGUCACCUUACCUAUCGCAGACAAUCAGAUAGAGGCCGUUGCCAUGGCACCUUCCUCUGUAGGUGAAAUAGAGACAGUCACUAUAGAGCCUUCAGAUUUAAACAAGAUUGAAGCUGUUGCUAUGAAUCCCUCUGCUGUGUCUGAUAGUCCACAGGAAAUAGAAACAAUCACUCUGCUUGCUUCAUCUGCGAAGGACAUCAUAGGAGAGGGGGGCACCGAGGAGAAAUCCGAUACUUCUGACAUCCCAGGAAAGCUGGACUUAGCCUCCACCAAUGAAAUCGAGGCUGUGGCUAUGGCACCUGAUGCUAACAUUGGUGAUGCUUUACAACAAGCCAUGAUGGCAGCGAGUGUUGCGGAGGAGCAUGUGUAGGCAGGAGGAAGCUGUUCAUUUACAUUUAUACAGUCAUAUUGUAAACCAAUAUUUGGUUAUCUAUUAAUAUUUACACUUGUAAAUGCUUUUCCUACAUUAAAUUUUUUGAGGAAAUAGUUAUUUUUGUAUAUCAGUAAGAUAAUGUAAAGAGGUUACAUGCAAAACGCUUUAUU